AUGAAUAUCCAAGGCCUUGCAGGGACAUUGGAACUGUUCCAUUUCACUGCAUUGUUGAAUCUCACCACUUUCAACCUCAAAGGGAAUGCUCUCAACGGCUCCAUACCAGCUGCUCUUGGCAACCUCACAGGCCUCACUCUCUUGGACCUCUCCACCAAUCGGUUUUCCGGUGCCAUUCCACCAGAGAUCGGCCGCUUGACAGAGCUUCAAUACCUGAGCUUCUCCGACAACCUUAUGGUUGGUGAAAUCCCAUAUCAGAUUGGCAAUCUGAGGAAGGUGCGCUUCUUGGAUUUGGGCUUAAAUCACUUUAAAUCUCCUGACUGGUCUAGAUUUCCCACAUUCCCUUUCCUCACUCACCUUAAUCUUUGUUUCAAUAAACUCAACUUGGAAUUCCCACACUUCAUCACCACAUGUCUCAACCUUACUUUCCUUGAUUUGUCUGAAAACAACUUCACAGGCCAAAUUCAUGAAUCAUUGUUCACCAAUUUGGUCAAACUUGAAUAUCUUAACCUCACCAACAACAGGUUACAAGGCCCCCUGUCACCAAAUAUCACUAACCUCUCCAAGUUGAAGGAUCUUCGCCUCACCGACAACUUCUUCUCUGGCAAAAUUCUUGAUUCAGUAAGCCUUAUUCCAAACCUGCAACUUCUGGAGCUGUACAAGAAUUCAUUUAUAGGAGAAAUCCCUCCUUCUAUAGGCCUACUCACGAAUCUCCGAACUCUAGACCUUCGAAUGAACAAAUUCAAUUCUUCCAUUCCCCGAGAGCUCGGCCUGUGUAACAAAUUGAUCUACUUGGGUUUGUCCGGUAACUCACUCUCGGGGCCAUUGCCGCCAUCCUUAUCAAAUCUGGGCAAUCUCUCUGAUUUGAGAUUAUCUGAGAAUAGCCUGACUGGUGAAAUAUUGACCUCUUUCAUCACGAGUUGGAGAAAACUAAACACAAUAAUAAUUGGAGACAAUGAAUUCAGUGGGAAACUUCCAUCAGAAAUAGGCUUGCUCACAAACCUCGAGUAUCUGUAUCUCUAUAAUAACUCGUUUUCAGGAAGCAUCCCCCCAGAGAUAGGAAACCUACAAAAUUUGAAGAUGCUGGACCUUUCUAUCAAUAACUUUUCAGGCUCUCUACCUGAAAGAUAUUUCAAGAAUUUCAGAGCAAUGAUAGAGGAAAAGCAAAGAGAGGAAAAAUAUGACGACGACAAUGGCUAUUAUCUAAGUUUUGUGGAUAUGAUAGUCACAUUGAAAGGUCAGGAUCAGUUGUUGAAUAGGCUACUUGAUACCUUCACAACAAUUGAUCUGUCCUCCAAUAGAUUUUCUGGUCGUAUUCCACAUUCCAUAGGUAAUCUUAAGAUUCUCAAAUAUUUGAACCUAUCACACAAUAGUCUCGCAGGACAUAUACCUUCAACUCUUGGAAACUUGAGUGAUCUUGAAUCGUUGGACUUGUCAACAAACAAACUGGAUGGAGAAAUUCCAAGUGAAUUGACAAGGUUGACAUUUCUUGCGAAAUUAAACCUUUCAAUGAACAAUCUUGUUGGGCAUAUACCACAAUCCAACCAGUUCUCCACAUUUGACAAUGAUUCAUAUAUUGGAAAUUUGGGAUUGUGUGGAUUUCCGUUGACGAGAAAAUGCAAUGAUGAGAAUGGGCCAACGAUAAACCCCGCAUAUGAGAAAAGCAACAACCUAUCUUUUAUGCAAGAAGUUGGCAUAUCAAUGGCCUUUGGUUUUAUUUUCGGAUUCUGGGGAGUUAUUGGUUCUUUCGUACUAAAGAAAUCAUGGAGAUUUGCAUUCUUCAAUUUUUUUGAUGCUGUUGGAGAUUGGCUCUACGUUAGGAGUCUUGUGCUUGUAUCCAAAUGGAGACGGACCUAA